UUUACAGCGGGCACAGGACAUUUGUGAAUAUGGCGGCGUCCGGAGGAAAGAUUGCAAACAGCAAUGUCAACAGUGAAUGUGCCUCGCUGUCUGGCGAAAAUGAAGAAAAUACUCUUUUAUUAGUUAAAGGUGGAAUUUUUCUUGCAACAGUAGCUGCAGCUGGAGUGGUGGCAGGGUUUGGUACCACACUUUCUGUGGCCAAAAAGAAAAGUCCUGAUUGGUUUAAUAAGGGAGUUACAGCUACAGCCGCAGUGCCAGAGAGCGGGGCUUCGCUGGCUCUCAGAGCCCUGGGACGGGGCUCCCUCUAUGCCUGGUGUGGAGUUGGGCUGAUCACCUUUGCUGUCUGGAAGGCUAUGGGAGUUCACAGUCUGAAAGAGUUCCGGGGAAAGAUGCAGUCUUUCUUCCCAGCUAUUCCGAGAAACGAAGAACCUCCUGCCAAUGCUGAGCCGUUUAGCUGGGAGAAUCUCUUCAAAUCAAAGUGAUGGAUUUUAACAGCCCCUCACUGUGACCUUCUUUUUUAUUGAAUCUUGUCAAACAUCAUUUUAAAAACAUGUGCAAAUACAGUACUGCUCUCAGUUACGCACUAAUACUUCUGAAUCAGGCUUCAGAUUUCAUUAAAGGUACUUUUAUACAGUAUUUUGGAGAUGCCUACAAAUGUACAUGCCAGAUUUGUGACUGAUUUGACAUACAUAGCUAUGGACUAUCAUGUACAAGUUUGUUUGUAUCAGACAUUGUUAUUUUGAGCUUAAACUGUUUUCAAAACAGUAAUGCUGUAUUCUGUGUAUAUUUGCUUGUUAUUUUGUGCCCAGUUACAUUUAUCUAAGUAUAUAUAUAAUAUAUAAAAACUCCUGUUUCGUUGUACAGUCGAGAAUAUUAUGGUUUAUCACAAACAAUCGGGAUAUGCAAUAAAAAACAUUUAAAAUAUA